CAAAGUGAAUUCAAACGGAUUCAGGCAAAAGGAGCGGUUUUUUUGAAGGGGAUUGAAUCACCCUUUGCCUUUUUCUACUCAUUUCUCAAUGUACAGUCACUAAAUAUUACCCACUUCUACUACGGUCUUUUCUUGUGUUUUGCCAAUACAGCUAGGUUUUCCUUUACCAGUGACUGUCUAGUAGUGGGCAGUAGCCAAAUAAGCAAGUAGAGAGAAGGCUGAAGGGGACACACACCCCGCACAAGGUUUGGUACAAAGGGAGGAAGGGGGUCAGUCAUGCCAUCAGGUGCUAAGAAGAGAAAAGCUGCCAAGAAAAAGAAAGAGCAAGCAGCCAACAACAUCAAUCCUUCGACUAACAACAACCCACUUGGAAACGAUGAUCCGAGAAGCCAAGAUGAAAGGGACAGUGAUGGCGGUGAUGCUGGUUCCCCUGCAUCUCAUGAUGGCCACAGUCACCAGCAUUCAUUUGGUCAGGGCGGAGAUGAAGAGAGAUCACAAUCACAUCUAACUGAGAAGUCUGUGGAAGAAGCCGCUAAAGAUGCAAAGAGCACCGAGAGAUCGGGAUUGGAUGAUGUUGAUGUUAAAAUUGUAAAAGAGUGGGAACCAAACAAGGAUCUUGAGAGCACACAUGUUUCAAUUCAGCAUGUUGAUCAUGAUAAGAGCUCUAGUACCAGCAGCAACAGUAGUUCAGAUGACGAAUCUCAAGCCUUUGAGAAGAAGUCAAAUGAAGAAACCUGUAAUCUUGGUUCUGAUGCGGCCUCGUAUAGUACCGAGGAUAAGUCAGCUACUGUUUUGUCUGAAGAAGUUCUGACGGUUGCUGAAAAUAACACACUUAAGAAUGCUGAUAGUAAUUCUGCAGUGGAGACUGUUGCUGUUGACAAUUUGGUAAAGAACAUGUCACUUGUGCCAGAGGAGGUGGAAUUUUCUGCAAAGAGUUCAGUACCUGAUGUGGUUGAAUCAGGGAUGAAGGAGAAUGAAGAGAAAUUAUUGCCUUCAUCAAAUGGGGCUUCAGGGGUUGAAUUGGAAGGAGUUGAACGAAAAAAUUUCCCAUCCUCCGGUAUUCCUACUGCUGAAACUAGCAAUGUUGCUGAAAAAAACCAUGCAUCCGGGCCCCAUGGUUAUCCUAAAAAGCAGCCUCUUGUUGCUCCUACUCCACCACCAGUGCGAAGAACCUCAUGGUUAAGUUGCUGCGGAUUGUUUGAAGUUUUUACUGGUUCUGGGAGAUAAAUUGAAGGUUCGAGUUAUCCAUAAAGUUAAAAGAUCUAUUUUAUACUUUCCUUUAUAGUUUGCAGUACUGCUAAUUGAGAUAUACUAAGUAGCUCAUAUUGUUUGUGCAUGUGUGGGUGUACGAGAAUGCUAGGACUAUGAAACUUGAACUUGAGAUCUGGAACUUAUUGUUUGUCAUUUGAUUGUUUUUUCAGUUAUCUGGUAUUCUUUUUCCAA